UUUGAUUUUUGGUGUCUGACAUAUUUAAGUCUUGUUUAUACAUGUUUAGAAAAAGUUUACAUGUGAAGAAAAAGAUUAUAACAAUUUGAAAUUUAUACGACAUAACCACAACAUUGAUGUCUAAGUGGUAAUUAAUAUAGUAAGUUAUAAUGGCUACAACAGCAUCUGCUGCUACGGCUACAAUAGAGGAAGAUUUGGACGAAUGUGGACCACAGUUGAUUACAAAAUUAGAGGGUAAUGGAAUUACUUCAGGGGAUAUAAAAAAGUUAGAAGAGGCUGGGUAUCAUACUGUUGAGUCUGUCGCAUAUGCUCCAAAGAAAUGGUUAAUAACAAUAAAGGGCAUCUCCGAAGCAAAAGCUGAUAAAAUACUGUCAGAAGCUUCAAAAUUGGUACCAAUGGGAUUUACAACAGCUACAGAGUUCCACCAGAAGAGGGCAGAAAUUAUACAGUUGACAACGGGAUCAAAAGAACUUGAUAGACUACUUGGUGGUGGCAUAGAAACAGGCUCAAUCACUGAGAUCUUUGGAGAGUUUCGGACAGGAAAAACACAGUUGUGUCAUACUUUAGCUGUGACUUGUCAGCUUCCGAUUGAGCAAUCUGGUGGAGAAGGGAAGUGUAUGUACAUAGACACUGAAGGAACGUUCAGACCAGAACGAUUACUGGCUGUGGCUCAGAGAUAUGGAAUGGAAAGUGCCGCAGUUCUUGAUAAUGUGGCGUAUGCAAGAGCUUAUAACACAGAUCAUCAAACCCAGCUCUUAGUACAAGCGUGUGCUAUGAUGGCUGAAUCUAGAUACUCAUUGCUGAUAGUUGACAGUGCGACAGCGCUUUACAGAACUGACUAUUCUGGUAGAGGGGAAUUGAAUUCAAGACAAUUACAUCUCGGAAGAUUUAUGAGAAUGUUACUCAGAUUGGCCGAUGAGUUCGGUGUAGCUGUUAUCAUAACAAAUCAAGUAGUGGCACAGGUUGAUUCCGUUGGUGUGUUCAAUGCUGAUACAAAGAAACCUAUCGGGGGCCAUAUUAUAGCUCACGCAUCGACCACAAGACUUUAUCUACGGAAGGGCAGAGGAGAUAAUAGAGUAUGCAAGAUAUAUGACAGCCCCUGUCUGCCGGAAACGGAAGCCAUGUUUGCCAUUAGCACCGAAGGCAUCACAGAUGCUAAGGAAUGAAUUAUCAGAUAAGUUCUAUGUUAGUAAUGUUUUAUAGAUUUUAACUAAUUUCACAUUUACAGUCAGCUAUAACAUUGUACGUUCGGAUCUGAUAUGGUAUUUGUAUGUUAAAAUAGAUUAGUUGUAUCUCAGUAGGUUUAUUUAUAACUUUGUAAUAAAAAAAUAUGAUUCGCUUUGUU